CACUUUCAGAUCUGGCAACAUUAUUCAUGCUGUUCGUUACUUUCUUUGAAAAUGCCUUUCGUUAUGGAACCCCUUUCAGAGAGCUCCGAUGUUAUUCCGUCAGAAAUUUUUGAAAAUUUAACGAGCUACUUAUUUUAUAAAUAUUUUCCCACUGAAGAUGCAGCUCAGAAAUUUUGCCAUCUGGUGGGAAUGGUUCCGCAUCCAGAUUUAACAAAUUUCAUUCCGCCUUGUCCUCGUUGCGGAGGCGCGAUGGAGAAAAAAGAAGAUUCAUCAGAGAAGUUCGGGUAUAUCUACCGCUGUGAGAAAAUAAAUCAAAGAGAAAAAAAGAGAAGACGAACUGGAGGCUUUAUCUGGAGAGCCAAGUGCACCGGCGCGAUCUCUUGUGCCCAAAAUACAUUUUUUGAAGGAGCUAAGCUCUCAGCUCAAAAGGUGCUGAUGAUUAUUUACUCGUGGGUCAAGGAUGAGCCGGUCACCCUCGCCGCGAGAGAAUGCGGCGUGGCCAAGCAUACAGCGGUGGACUGGUACAACUUCUGCCGGGAAAUUGCGGAGGUUAUCGUCUCUAACGAUCAAAAACAGAUUGGCGGUGAAAAUCUACGCGUCGAGGUUGAUGAAACUUUUACCAGGAGACGAAAGUACAACCGUGGGCGCAUAACCAAAGGCACCCAACUAACUAUUUUUGGUGCCUAUUGUCGGGAAACGCGAGAGAUGAUGUACUGGCAUGUGGAGAACAAAAGCAGACGCGUUCUAUGGAGCCACAUGUCCAGAUACAUCGCUCCAGGAUCCAUAAUCGUUUCCGACAGCGCGCCGCAAUAUCGCGGUUGUACGACGAUGGGCUUCUCGGAACACAAGACCGUUAAUCACAGCCAGCAGGGCCCCGGGAGAUUCGUCAACAGCGAUGAUCCCGAGGCUCAUACUCAAAACAUCGAGGGUAGACAUCGCUGGCUGAAGAAGUCCAUAAAGUCCCUCCGCACGGACAGGAGCCUGCAAAGUUACACCUGCACCUAUGUGUACAGGACGCGGUUUCUGUCCCAGUUGCCAACGGAAUCGGCAAAAUACCGGCAGUUCAUCGAACAUAUUGUGGCCGUCUACCCGGGUCCCGGUCGUGAAGGUCUCCAACUGAAGACGAUCGGUGUACCCGUGGACGAAGAUCAGCCGCCAGACGAGCCCUAUUUUGAUGUGUACCUGCCCGAUGAAGAGGAUCCGCAAGGAGAUGACGACCCCCCCACCUCGGACUCAACGAACACCUUUGUCGUCGACCCGAAGGACCAAGCGGAGGCAGGGACCAGCGGCCUCAGCGAAGCCUAGAUGUCGCCAAAUAGCGAGAGGACAGGGCCGAGGACAGCGCCUCCUCUUGCGGGAAACGCAGAGGAGGCGCUGUGAAUGUGAGUAUCUGUUUUUUUUUUU